AUGGAUGGUAUUUCGUUACGCGAAUGGGUUCGUUUCGUAUGUCUGAUGUUGGUCACCAUUCCGUGGGUCAACUGUGGCCUUGAUGAGGUAAGGAAGGAAGACCCACGAGUGGCAUCGGAAGCUUCGGAACUAUCCGGCAUUGAAAAGUGUCCUCGCAUGAUGCAUUACGUGUUUGAAGGAUAUGCACCGAUUGGUAAUAAAAAUGCCGGAAACUUUACUGAAAAUUCGAAGGCCACCACGCUGGAAGAUUGUGUGCGGGAUUGCUGCGUGAAGGGGCCAAACUGUCACACGGCAUUCAUAUUUAACCAGACCUGUUAUCAUGUCAAGUGCAUCAGCAAUGAUUUGUGCCUUCCGGCGAAAAAGGAAACGUCCUCCACGUUGCGCAUGGUGCUGGUAAACCCGAUCGAGGAUGCAUCGCGUGUAGAAGCCAGCUGGUGGGAGGUGUUAAAGAAAGCACAGGAGAAGCGACUGCUAGCGAAUGGAGCAGUUCCACCGGUUCGGAUACCGGAGGACGAAGGGGAGGAAAACUUGUUGGGCAAGCUGACGGAAAUGUAUAACCUUGCGAACGGAGUACCGAGGGCUCGGGGUGAGGAGAAGUAUGGACUCCCAUCGGUAGAGGAUAUUUAUCGGGGUCCGUACAAAUCGCUUGACUACGGUACACCCGGCGCAGGGUUUGAAAAGUAUGCCAACAACUACAUUCGCGAUCAGUACGAUGAAGAAGCGGAAGAGAGCAAGUAUUAUUCCGAGUCAAAAGCGCUCGGUUCGAUGAGACCGUGUGAUGUGGCGCGCGAAGAAUCAUGUCCACGGAACGAAGUGUGUUUGCGUGUUGUUCCCAACCUGCGGCACGGUAUAUGUACCUGCCCGGAAGGAUUCGAACGAAGCGAAAAGGAUGUUUGUCUCUCGAAAGAACAACUAGCGGAGCAGCACCAGCAGCAACAGGACCGAGUAGUCCCGCAAAUGUUAUCCGCCCAGAAGCUAACCAUGGGUAUUGGGAAUGAUGAUACGGAAGUGGAACCUCCACUGUCACCGAUACGUUCGAGCACUACGAAAGAACUCACCGUUUCGGUCGCUUCCAAGGAUGUCCGUUUGCCGACCAACGAAGCGACAUUGUCCGCAUACGUAAUACCGGACGAAAAAACGAGCGGAGACAAGUACAACUACCUGUGGACGUUGGUAUCGCAACCGAAAGGUGACAGUAACAGCACGAUAGCAGAUCAGACGAAAUCGAUCGCCAAGUUGUCCGGAUUGGCGGAAGGAUUGUAUCAGUUCAAGGUAACGGUCAGCGGUCAGAACGGUUCGUAUGGUGAAGCGUUCAUGAACAUUACCGUACUGCCGGAGCAGAAAAUUAACAAACCUCCGCGGGCGGUAAUAACACCAGCAAAUCAACCGGUACGAUUGCCCAACCAUGAAGCAAUCCUUGAUGGUAGUGCAUCAAGCGACGAUGUAAAAAUUAUACGCUGGCAGUGGGUUUUAGCGCAGGGUCCGCUCGGUUAUCAACCCGAGCUGCCCGAAGUGAGCACGCUCCAGCUGAAGGAUCUCACGAUCGCUGGCAACUAUACGUUCAAUCUGACCGUUGUGGACGAGCAGGGACUGAGCAAUAGUACGACGGCCAUCAUACAGGUGCUGAAGGAGAUCGAUUACCCACCGGAAGCGAAUGCAGGCAAGAACGUAAUUCUUUACCUUCCGAACAAUAACGUCACACUGAAUGGGUCACUGUCGAAGGACGAUAAUGGGAUCGUGGCCUGGGAGUGGACCAAGAUCAGCACUAACCAAUCGAAGGCGGUCGAUAUGCAGAAUACGAGGACACCGUUUCUGCAGCUGUCCAACCUAGAGGAGGGUGUGUACGCCUUCGAGUUGAAGGUGACGGACGCGAAGAACCAAAGUUCCACCUCGAUGGUGCACGUGUUCGUUAAACCACCAACAAACCGUCCACCGGUGGCGAAGGCAGGUGUAAACGGUACCACGAUCUAUCUGCCCCAAACCUGGGUUGCGCUUAAUGGGAGUGAAUCGAGCGAUGAUAUUAAGAUCAGCACAUACUACUGGCAGCAGAUAUCGGGACCGAAUACGGCGUUGAUCGAGAAUGCGAAUGCUUCCAUAGCAAAUGCAACCACAAUGACGGUAGGCGACUACGUGUUCGAGCUGAUCGUUUCGGACGAAGCGAACAACAAUGCAAGCGAUCGAGUUCGCAUUACGGUGGUGCAAGAAAAGAAUACAGCUCCGAUAGCGAAUGCGGGUGGCGAUCAGACGGUAACACUGCCCACGAACGUACUCGUACUGAAUGGAAGUCGAUCGAGCGAUGAUCUUGGUAUCGCGCGGUACAGUUGGACGCGAGAACCGAGCAGUUUAGCAUUGGGCACUGUAAUCGGCGAUAGUGAUAACAAACCGGUUCUGAUGUUAACGAACAUCGUCACUGGACGGUACGUGUUUAAGUUGACUGUAUACGAUGGACAAGGCUUGUCCGCAUCUGAUACCGUGAGUAUCAUAGUACAUCCCGAUCCGUUGCUCAUGAGCCUGGUUGAAGUAACGAUUACAACGGAAGCGACCGUGCUAACUGCAACCGAGUUGGAUUCGAUCGAACAAAAGCUAACCCUGCUCAUUGGUGACAAUAUGGCGAAAUUGCACGUUAGAGAACUAAAAGUGGAACCAAGAACCGGGCAGGUGGUAAUUGUAUUUUACGUGCAGAAAAAAUACGGCCUCGAGGAAAAGGAUAAACAGGAGCUGAUGCCAGCGCUCGAAGUUGAGCGAAUACUGAAGGAAAAGUUUUGGCGCGACUAUACGAUACUGGGAACGUCGGUAAUCGGCAUACGCACGACCGUAUGCCAGAACGAUUGCUCCGGACAUGGGGUUUGCAAUGCGGAAACCCGCGAAUGCAUCUGCCAAAGCUUUUGGAUGCCGGAUAUUUUCUAUUUCUGGGGUAUUGCUGAGGCAAACUGUGAUUGGUCCAUACUGUACGUGAUUGUCGGUGUACUGAUAGUGUUUUUUGUGCUAUCCGGAAUCUGUUGGGGUAUUACCUGCUUUUGCCGACGGUCGGCGAAACCACGCACGAGACCAAAGCCGCAAAAGUAUUCGCUGCUGCAAACGCACGACGAAGAAUUGCCUUCAUUUAAUCGCGCGGGAACAACCAUUUCCGACAGCGAAACCGAUUCGGACGUGCUGUUCGAGAGCCGUUCACGACAAAACGGCCUUUUGCCGGGACGAUCCGGCAAUGGGGGCUUGCCGAACGGUGAGCUACGAAACGGUGCUGGCGGUCACCCUAAGUACGGUGUUACGCGCCUGGGACGACGCAUAAAAGCUUAA